AGAGCCAUGAUUGGGUGCUAAAGUCCCUCAACCGCAAAUGGAAAGAAUAUAAGUCGAAGUUGAAGGCCGACUAGAAGCGCGAGGGUAUGACAGAGGAGGAGGUUGCUCGUGUUUGUCCUCCUGAUGUAUACCAUCAUCAGUGGAGGGAGCUUGUUCACUAUUGGUUUUCCGAGAGAGGACAGACAUAUUCUGACAUUGGUCGAGCCGCACGAGCAUCUCAGACAAUUCCUCACACUUCAGGCUCGAAGAGUUAUGCGAGUCUCAGAGCUGAAUUCAUGGAAGACCAUGGGAGGAAACCUGGUGAGGUGGAGUUCUAUAAGAUGACUCACACCCACCGAGAUGGCAGCUUUGUCCUAGAGGAGUCGAGAGAUAUAGUUGACAGAGCUACAUCCCUUAUUUCAGAGCGUAUCGGAGAGUCAUCUUCAAUCGGCAACACCAGAGGUGUCGAAGCUCAGGUGUUUACCGAAUUGAUGGGCUCGAAGCGUUAUGGUCGAGUGAGGGGUUAUGGCGUUGGAGUUACCCCCACUCAGUUGUCUCCAGUGGGUAGAUAUACUCAAGAUGUUAGACAGAGUAGUAGCACUGCAGAGGUUAAUGAUCUGAAGGCAGAGAUAAAAGAGUUGAAGCAGAGCCACCAGACAGAGAUGCAAUCUUUGAGGGCUCAGAUUAAUCAGAUUACAUCUUUGUUGCAUCAGUUUGUCCCUCCUCAGAUGUACGAGGUCGGGUGGUUUCUUGGGCCUCCACGGGUACUUCUGGAUUCAAAGGCACAAGAAGAGGUACACCCUAUGCUGCUCAAGACCAACAACAUCUACUCAUAUCCUCGUGUCAUUUUUGAACACAGCGAUCAGCAAGCAGCAAGCGGGGGAGAGUCAAGUAAAGUACAACACAGGACUUACAGGGUGGGGCGCGCCAGAGCAACCCGGGACCCCCGGAGGGUAGCAUACCAUGUUGCUUACGCCUCCGCUGAAAAGUAUUCCAUAUCACUGACGAGUACGGCGAACCUGGCUUGUUUAACCAUGCAUAUCUUAAAUUGCAAGCGACGUACCGCGAGCAAUGGAGAAUACGAGAUACAAACUGAAGAACGAUGAUUUCCUUUUCUUUGCCCGAAGAGAACCGGAAAAACAAUGGAUUCGGUACUCCACCUCAAACAGAAAAGUAGAUCGACUAUGGUAGAUCUGCACAACCCCAACACCGUUUUGCACAAAAACCAACCAAUAGAAGAUGCAUUACGAGGAGCACCUCAGGCAUAUCAAAGAUAGAAAAUGCAGCAUGAGAGAUCCAAGGAGCAGGCACCAGCAGAAUAUGUACGAAACACAAACCCCUGAUACAAGCGCUGACGGAAAAUGUAGGAGAUGCAGAUCUGUGAAGCAGAACUCAAUUAGUUGAGAGAAGCAUUUUUGUCACCCUCGACUACUAAUUUGUGGUUUCCUUCCAGCUUGAUAUAUGGUUUCCUGAAUUACUAGUUCAUGAAAUAAUGACAAUUCUUUCCGCAAAGCAGGUGUCUCUUAAAUUGUCUGCAGCACAGGAUGAGAUCCAGCAUAGUUGAAGAGGAGAGGAAAAAAAAAA